UUGUAGCCUCUAACUAACAUGGCGAUUUUCACACCUAAGAUGAACGCAAUUUACGUUUUCGAUCACCCGUCUGUAGACUUCCACUUGGUCUGUUUGAUUGAAAAAAGUUUGGGGAUCCCUGAAUAGGCUUUUGAAGUUUUUUGUUUAGUAUAUUCUGCGAAGACAGUGGUUUCCCAGCCGGUAGAGGGCGCUAAGGUCAUUGAAGACAGAAGGAAGUCGGAGUCGGAAAACUCGACCAAAGCCAAAGCGCGCAGCCUGCACUUAUAACAGAUCAUGGCUCCGCAGUUAGGAGACAGCCAUCGCAGGUUUCUCCAGUCCAUGAUGUCUAAAAGUGUCGUGGAUGAAAAAGAAGCCCGUGCACUUUACAAACAUUGUUGUGACAUCCAUAAAGCACAUUGUGUCCCUGACAAGCUGGAUGAUUUUAUUGAAACUAUCAACUCAAAACUCCAGCCUAUGCUCAUGCAGAUUAGAAAGGGGAUGUCAGAGGAUAAUGGCCAGCAGUAUUAUGCAUUAGUGAACAUGGCUCAGACAGAUGUGACUAGAAUGUCGUCUGAUUAUGCUGACAAUGAACUGGAGCUAUUUAGGAAAACGAUGGAUCUAAUUAUGAGCUCCGAAAAUGGCAAGGUUUCUUCCACUGAUGUCCUGAACCUUGCUGACACUUUGACUACAAAAAAACUUAAGAAAAGUGAGGCAGAGCAGGUUUUGAAGCGGCUUGUGCAGGAUAAAUGGCUCAAUGAGAAAAGAGGGGAAUUCACCUUCUCCAUCAGAUGCAUCAUUGAAAUGGAGCCAUACUUUAGAAGAAUGUAUGAAGACCAGCUCAAAAUGUGUCAUAUUUGUCACAACGUUGCUUUCCAAUGCCAAAUUUGCGACAGUCCCACGUGUGGAAUCAAAAUACACAAUCCGUGUGUGGCCAGGUACUUCAAGGGCAGAGUUGAUCCCCGCUGUCCAGCUUGUGAUGAGUUUUGGCCUUAUGAAAUCCCUGAAGUCAGACACUAAAAUCUGUCCCCUGGAGAUGAUCAUAAAUGUGUAAUUUUGAUUAUCUAUCUGUGUUAAAUUCUUUCUGUAUUUGUAUAUAUUUUUUUUAAAUAUGCAUUUUCUUGUUAAUAAUAAAUUGUGCAUUUUACAUAUUUA